GCCCAGCGCACAGUAGCAUCAGUGGCAUUUCUUCAGUUGAAGCUUUUGUGGCUGAUGCUAGAGUCUGGCCUCUGGAAGGGCGAGCUAGUCUGUUUCGGCAACUAGUGUAUUACUUCCAGCGUAUUACCUGCGGUAUCCUACUGUUCAGAGCACCAUAAAAUCUGUGCUUUUCUGGACUUUUUUUUAAAUAUUUUUUGGUUUUAUUUUUGACAUCGGAGAUGAGCCGGAGAGAACUGAGGCGGCUCCUCGAGGACCAGAGGCGGUGGAGGAGCCGUCAUGGAGAUCCUGAUGUUGCUUCGGAGACCGUGUUUGAGGAGAGGCUGCGGUCCGAGCGGAGAGGAGAGAGAAGAGCUCGUCAGGAUCAGAGACCUCAGAGGGAGAACAGAGAGAGAAGCCGUUCUCCCCUUCCUGCUCCCGACGCUGCAGAGAGACCAAACCCAGAUCAUCUCCCUGGUCAUCUUCAUCUCACCUUUCAUCAACCAGCAGAGAAUGGGCAGGAUCUCCCGGCCAUGGUGGUGGAGCUCACUAAGCAGAAUCUCCCGGCUUUCCUGGUGGAGAUCAGAAUGCGGAAUCUCCCACCCAUGAUGAUGGUGAUCGGCGGACAGGAUUUCCCGCCCAUGGAGGUAGAGAUCAGCGGGCACAAUCUUCCAGCCACGGUGACCGAGAUCAACGAGCAGAAUCUCCCCGUCAUGGAGGUAGAGAUCAGCGGAUUCCCAUCUCACCAUACCACAGAGGAUGAAGCCACACAGGCGUGUGUGGUCUGCUUGAUGGAGUUUGGACAUGGAGAACGGGUGACUGUCCUGCCCUGCAGCCACAAGUACCACACCAGCUGCAUCUACCAGUGGAUGGACACAAACCCCAGCUGUCCUGUGUGCCGGAGAGACUGCAUCCCGAGGCCGGUCCUGUGGCGGAUCUCCUGAGUACGGCAGGAAGAUGAAGAUCUCCAGCACCGUACAUUGUGUUAUCUACCCCUGGAGGACGGAUGUUUGGAACCUUGCACAAGUGUUGGACCCAUACUGUGCAUGUGCAGCCUCCGCUUCCCAAUACGGAUUUGUAUCGCUGCCUCUGUUGUUGGGGAGGGAUGGGGUCAGGAUCUCCAUCUGAGGUCUGAGAUUUCCUGGUCUCUUUGUAGUAGAUGUGGUGGUUGGCUUGCUUGGCCUCAGGGUUCAUGCAGAUGGCUGUUAGUGUCGUAGAAGAUCGAAUACUGCAUCCUAGAAUGUAGGUGGGAUCAGUAAUGCAUGCUGGAGGCACGACGCCCCAUGCUGUACCUCCAACCUCAUCUGAAUCAGGCCACUGUGCUCCUACAGGCCAGUGCCCAUCUUAUGUGCGGCACUGGGUGGCAUCCUAUGUACACACCACAACCGUCCUGCUUUGAGAAGGGUAGUCCUGCUUUUCAACAUGGAGCUUUUCUUUGGCUACGGAGCCCUGAUGGGCAAAAUAGAUGUUGAAUCGGUUUAUCGCUGCCGCCGCUCCAUCCGUCCGGCAUUUAGGUUUAUGGGUUUUACACUGGAUGGGGGUUUUAUGUUACAAAAUCACAGUUUCCAUUAGAACGUAUUUAGUUUCGACAUCUAUUGUUUGGGGGUUCAGUCUGGCUGACGGCGUAUUGUUGGAGUCUGGUAUUUGGAUAUCUCUGAACCUAUGGCAGGAGCACUGAUACUUGGAGUUGUGCUGUGGCGGAAGCUUGGUGGCCCGAUAUACAGAUGUAGCCGCAUUCAUCGUGGCUACAUCUGCGCUAAAUUAGCACUCACCGUGGCCAGGCGCAGCCGCGCUGCCGCAUUUGCUGUUACCAAACAUGUGAAUGGGGCACAUGCAAGCCCUGGACGUGCACGCGUUUGCGUCUAACAAGGUGCGGUCACAUCUAACAAGCCGCAAUCACGGUAAGUUGUAGCCAUGAUCAGCGUGGCUACAUCUAUAAAUCCUACUUAUAAGAUAUGAGGAUGAUUAGAGUACAGAGGAGAGUUGAGAGAAUUAUUAGAAAUGGUAUCAGGUUGUUGGUUAGACCCAGAGUCUUACCCCACUGGUGGUCUUCUUCAGGGAACCCCGCAAGGGGAUUUGAGAUUCAUUGCACCCGGCAGGCUGGUCGUGGCCCCCGGACUGGGUCUCCUGGACUAGGACUAUUGAUACUGACUGAACCUGAUGGAUGAGGACUGAACUGUGGAAAAAGUCUGGAGACAACUAUGGAUUUGGCUUGGAGUUGGACAGCUGAUGUAGCACUGAAA